CAAUGACAUAACAAUGUUGACUCUUUACUAGAAGUUGAAGGUUGACUGUAAAUCACGUAAGGCUGGAUCGUAAGACCGCCCCCCUGCAAGAGAAUAUUCACCAGGAAAGUAUAUUUAAAACCCAUUCAAGCAUUGUCGUUUACAACAAGAAGCGACGAUACAUCAGCGAAUACAACAAUCACGAUGAACAUGGGGUUUAUAUAUUUGGUUUUUACUUUAGCAAUAUUUGCAAAAGAAAGUUUGGCCCAGACUCUUCACGGCAAUGAAUACUACUGCGGAAAUAAGCCGGCAGAUGUAGUUUUUCUACUGGAUUCCUCCAACAGCAUUUGGGGACCUCACUUCCGGAAGCAACUUCAGUUUGUCAAAGAUGUGGUUUCAAUGUUUGAGAUCGAAGAAAACACCACCAGGAUCGGUGUGGUGACCUACGGAUCGAACAUCCGCCGAGAAUUCUAUCUAAACGAGUUCAGUACAAAGUCUGGUGUUUUAUCGGCCAUCAACAGAAUUAGACAGAUGCGGGGUUACGCGACCCAUACAAACAAGGCAUUAAAAUUCAUGAGGGAGAGAAUGUUUUCAGCCACCCAUGGAGCAAGAGAAAACGUGGCGCGGAUCGGGAUCGUGCUGACGGACGGACAAUCCAGUAAUAUGCUGAUGACAGUAUGGGAGGCAUCCAAGGCUAAGAAAGUCCAUAUCAAUUUAUUUUCCAUCGGGAUCGGUUCCAGAAUCAACACAAGAGAAUUAAAAAUGAUGGCAAGUCGACCAGCCAGGGAGCACUUCUUUAAAGUUACCGAUUUCAAUGCACUUCAGAACAUAAAAAACAUAUUAGCUGUCAGAACAUGUAGAGUCACACCAAAACCAACAACAACAACGACAACAACAACAACAACAACAACUACAACAACAACAACCACCACAACACCGGCCCCAACUACGACAUCUUUACUUGAAGUGGCACAAAGAGUGUGUAAAGAUGGAGUCAGUGACGUCAUAUUUGCGUUGGAUUCUACAACAUCUGUCUCUGAUGCCGACAUCGAAAAUCAACUGUCCUUCGCAAAAGAAAUUGUUAACUCCCUGAAUGUACAGGAAAAUGGAACAAGAGUAGGUGCGAUCCUAUAUAGUGACCAGGUAGUCAAUGCUUUGGACAUGAAUGAUCUCUAUGACCGCAAUGACGUCAUAGCAACUUUAGAAAAAACCAAGAGGACCGCAGGAAGUAACAGAUUAGAUUUAGCCAUUAAACACAUCCGCACCAAAAGCUUCCGUCGAGGUCUAGCUAGACGAAAUUCCGCGCAGCUUGCCGUUGUCAUCACGGGAUCCCCAUCGACGUACAAACAAUAUACAAGCCAGGAGGCCAAGAAGGCCGAAGAAUCUGACAUCACAAUUAUUCCAAUUGGAGUGGGAAAUUUUGAUCUAGAAGAGGUAAAGUCUAUCACAAGAAAAGGCGAUGGGUUCUACCAGGUGCCCUCUUUUAAAGAAUUACCGUCCUUGAUUGCAGAGGUCACUCUGGAGGCAUGUAGAGUUCCUAAAGCUCAGACGCCUAUACAAGACCAAGCAUGUGGCUCUCGUCAGGAAGCAGAUAUAAUGUUUAUAUUAGACAGCAUCAACGCCGGUCGUAAAAAUACCAAACGGGCUUUGGCUUUCAUAAAGGACCUAACAGAGGAACUCGCCGUGGACAGUGACAAAAUCCAGGUCGGACUAAUGUCCGCCGAAUGCCAAGAGGAUAACCCAGGGUUUUCAUUGAACUCCAACAAAAACAAAGACGGAGUGAAAGAUGCUCUUACAAAGGUCAAGACUGUGGACUUUUCAGCUGUGAUAAAACAGAUGCGACACGGAGCAUUUAGUCAAAGCCGUGGAGGAAGGCGCGGGGCUAAAAAGGUGGCGGUACUCGUGAUCGAUGGGAGUUUAGAGAAACCUCUUCGAGCUCUCACAGAGGCACAAAGAGCGAAACUUCAUGGAGUGGAGGUCAUUGUGGUUCAGGUGGGAGAGGAGAAGCCGCAAGAGGAGGUCCUAAUGAUGUGUGACUCGCCUUCAAAUGAAAAGGAAAUGUUCUUUAAAGUAUCAGAUUACAGCCAACUUUCUGCAGUUAAACAGAAAAUCUGGGACAGUUUAUGUGACGAACUUUGAAUUUGAUUGAAUGGCUUCACCAGAAAUCCAGAGAGAAUGCUUCGCAGAGCUACAGUCUAAAUGCGACUCUUUUGAUGAACGAGUGCUAAUGACGACUCCCGAGUCCCGUUAUGAUUUGUGAGAAACGCGUGUGAAAGAAUGGUUAACAUUUUGUAGCAAAUCUUACUAACACCAAGUGAGUUGUCAAAUGAAAACAAGAAUCUCAAUCUAUCAAAAAGUAUUUUGUAUAGUUUACCGGGUAUACAAUGUUGCUCCAUUUAAAGUUUGACAUCGGUAUUGCAUAAUACCGUAAUUUAUUGUUACGGCUUUGAUUCCCCGACAAAAUAAAAUGUUAAAAAUCUAAUGACAUAGCAUCAUUACCAAUUCAUGAAUCACGUCUUACAUUUUCUCUUGUCCAGCAUCAUCCGAUGUGGUUGUUGAUUAUCCUUUAAUGCCAUGUUAUAUAUUUUUGUACAAUUGUUGUUUAUAUAUUUAUUGUUUAUAUAUUUAUAUUUGAAUGGUUAUUCGAUUAAACUAUAAGAAAAUCCUA